AACAUCUCAUGCUAAAACUUCAAGAUAAAACGUCCUCUUCCAUCCCAAUAAUAUUGAAGUUUCUUUUGACACUUGCACGUGUAAAAGGAGGUGCUGAGAUGCUUUAUGCUUCUGGUUUCUUGUCAUCUCUGAGAGUGUUGUUUACUGAAUGUGAUGAGGCGUCCUCAAGGAGUCAUAGCGAAAAUGUGGGUGGCUUACACCAAAAGUUUGAAAUGCCUGGAGACAUUUGGGGACUCGGAUUAGCUGUGGUCACAGCUAUGGUUCAAUCCUUGGAAGACAGUUCUUCUUGCACAGCUAUUGUUGAUAGCGUAAUACCUUAUUUUUUCCAGGAGAAUGCUUAUCUUAUUUUUGGUUCUCUAAAUGCUCCAGACCUCCCUUCAGAUCAACGUGACAAGAAAAGACCUCGGCCACAGAGGUCAUGGAUGUCUCUUGCUAAUCUUAAGGAGACAGAACAUACUUUGAUGCUCAUGUGUGAAUUAGCAAAACAUUGGAAUUCAUGGACUAAGGCAAUCAAUGAAGCGGAUAGACAGCUUAGAGAGAGAUGUAUCCAUCUCUUGGCCUUUAUUAGCAGGGGCACUCAACGCCUUGGUGAUUUAUCAAACAGGAGUGCCACACUUUUAUGUCAGCCAACUCUUAAAGAGGAAUUUGACAGUUGCUCAAAACCUUCGUAUAUCAACAGUAAAAAUGGAUGGUUUGCCCUUUCUCCACAAUGCUGCGUGUCAAAACUGAACACCACUCCUUUCUCAACUGCUUUGACCAUCUAUGGUCAAGCAACUAAAGCUACAGAUCUGUUUCCAAAAACAUGCUUUUCUGACACUGUUGCUGUGCAAAUAUAUAGAGUUGUUUGUCUCCUUUUAAAGUUUCUCAGCUUACAAGCUGAGGGUGCUGUUAAAAGGGCUGAGGAGGUUGGAUUUGUUGAUCUUGCACAUUUUCCUGAGCUUCCGAUGCCCGAAAUCUUGCACGGAUUGCAGGAUCAAGCUAUUGCGAUUGUUAGAGAGUUAUGUGAGGCGAACAAACCGAGGGUUUCUCCUCAAAUUCAGGACCUUUGUUACUUAUUGUUGCAGAUAAUUGAAAUGGCCUUGCAGUUGGAGCUUUGUGUCCUGCAGAUAUGUGGCAUAAGACCGGUAUUAGGGCGUCUGGAUGAUUUUUCAAAGGAAAUUAAAACUUUAUUUGGUGCAAUGGAGGAGCAUGCGUUUCUGAAAGCUUCUAAGAAUUCCUUAAAACAAAUGGUAUCAAUUAUCUAUCCCGGAAUGCUGCAAUCCGAGGGUUUAUGAUAUAUCUGUAGACGAAAGUGAGAAGGAAAUGUGCAUAAUUAUUUAACGGCGUAGUGCCAGUUAGAAUGUAGCUAGCCGGGGACGUUCUGCUUGUUCAUAUUAUAAUUUUGCCUUUUUCCACACCAUUCUUUUUCUGAUUCUUCCCAUUCGGCGUAGAUUUUUUUUAUUUGAGAAAAAGAUGGUCAUAGCUCAUCAGUGGAUGGUGGGGUCUAAUUCUGUAAGUAGUGCGUUGCAUGAUUGUCAGGAAAGUAAAUUCCUUUUCUA